GCAAAUUAUACAGAUGCCACUAUUGCAGUGGAUGGAAAGUUUUAUCCAGUUCACAAACUGGUAAUGAGCACAUGCAGUGAGUAUUUUAGUGAAAUUUUUGAAAAAACACCAUGCAAAUCACCAGUGAUAGUGCUAAAAGAUGUGCGCAGUCAGGACAUGGAAGCGCUGUUGGACUAUAUGUACUUAGGUGAAGUUAACGUAAACCAAAAUGACUUAGCCUCGUUAUUGAAGACAGCCGAAUGCCUCAGAAUUAAGGGCUUGGCAGUACCUGAUGAAGACACUACAAAGGUAAGGAAAGCACCUCCGGAUGAUAGACAAGAAAGUCCGCCACCAAAGAGAAGACGAAAUGAAGACAACCCUUCCUCAGCACCUAGGCCAGUUUCCCCAUCAGUCAAUGCACCCUCUAAAACCACGACGCCAUCGGUAACACCUCCAGUCCAGUCUGCAUCGUUGCCCGGGUCCCAGUCUCAGGAUGGGAUUCAGGACUCCUCAUUAGAUGUCCCGCCCAUGGUGAAGGUAGAAAUGCAAGAAGCUGACGACCCAGACGACUACAGAAAGGACAACAGUUAUGAAGGUGGAUCAGUCAACGAAGGCGACAUGGGAUCAGACUUUGGCGCGGAAUUAUCUAAAGCGGAACACGACCCUGACAGUUACGGCAGUGGAUCAUACGCAGGACCAUCCAUUCAACCUGGGGGUGACCUCCCUUGGGAUGAGGGAGAUUCAAGCAGUUUUCCACAAGAAGGCUUCUCAGGGGACUUACCAGCAGGCCAGCAACCUCAAGGGGACUGGGAUCAUGUUCGUCCAGCUGCCCUCAUUCCUGUGGUGGAGAUACGCCAACCUGUUGCUGCAAGCACACCCACAAGCAUCGCUCAGCUAAUGACUGGUGCCUGUCCGAAGACUGCUGCUAUACCUAUGGGCCCAGCUAGUGGGGCCUUCACUCCCUACACGGCCUCAACCUCCCCAAGGGGCAGUACCCCAGACUUGGCCCAGGUGGCACCUGCCGACAAGCAGUCUUUUAUGUGCCCCGUGUGUGGGAAACAGUUUGGGCAGCCCUACAACCUCCGCCGCCAUCUGACCACCCACACGGGAGAGAGACCUUACCGUUGCCCCCACUGUAAUUAUGCCGCCUCUCAGAAUGUCCACCUGGAGAAGCACAUCCGACGCAUACACUUGAACAAUGGCCAGAAUGAACACCCAACUGGGCCAGCGGUCACUUGGCCCCUGCAAGCCACAGCUGUAACUCCUUAAAUAAAUUCUCAUAUCUGCACAUCAUGAUAAGCCUUGUGAUGAAAAAAAGUGAUAAAAUACAUAUAUCAAUAUUUCGUUAUUACUCAGAUGGUCAGUGUUUUUUCUAUCAUAUUUAGAGUUGUCUAUGAAUAUUCAGAACAGAAUACAAUUUAUAGUAAAACUUCCUUUUAUAUCAUAUCUAUUUCAUAUACUACUUUUUAUAUACAAUGAUGCAGUAUACAGAGGCCUUUGAUUAUUUUCUAAAAAGUAUUUUGGUAUAAGGAUAGUGAAAGUUAUUUUACAAACAUUAUUCACCCAACAGUCGGGUGGCCAUCCGAGAGAUUAGUUCAAAUGGCGACAAAGCCAAGAACUAUAAUUAUAUCCGAGCGUCUUCUUUAGGAUACUAGCUCUUACACAUGAAAACCAUAGCAAAGCACUUACAUGAAUACAUUUUAUAAGAGGGCAAUAUCUCUUUUUUUUUUCAUAGGUAUCUUACAGUAUUUGCAGAGUUGUG